AUGGAAGAGUUUGAAGGUAUAGGUUCUAUUGUGGAAGAAUUUAACAUAAAAGGGUCCACAUUGAAUUUAUUCAAUAUUAAAUGGAAGACGCCUAAUAGCGAUAAAGAGUUAAAAAGGUUUGUUCAGAUUCCAUACGCACCUCACAAUAAGGCUUUUCCUAGUCUACCCUUAGUGGUUAAUUCCAGCGGCAAGCUGUUGAGGUAUAUGGCUCAAGAUGAAAUGAUGGAUAAAUCUAUUUUAGAAUACGACGAGUCUAAAUUUGACUCAGACUUUGAACUCAAUGAAUCUAGCAUAAGCACGAAUCUCACCCAAUUCAUGAACGAAUAUAAUAUCAACGACGAACAGAGACAAAAUGCGGGUUACCAUGACUCACUGGUAUUUUUAGCAGACAAUCAUAAAGAGCAGAUCCUUUCUGAUAUUAUAUUAGAGUCGAAUUGCGAAGAUUUAGAAUUGGUCGAAAAAAAUUGCAUUCUUUCGAGCGACUUCACACAAUUAUCCUCAAACAGAUGGGACAAAGAGUCUUCAAAGAAAGCUAAAUUAUCGUCCGAAAAGGACGAUUUGGUUAGCCUCAAAUCGGAGCCUUUUGCUGAUUUGGAAUUAGACGAUUUUUUCGGGCUACAUAAUUGA